AUGGCAAAGCUCCUACGCAGGCUCGUCACCUCGGUUUGGGGCGAUUGCGGCCCCAAGGCCCUCUGGCAGCGCAUUCUCAAAGACUUCAUAGCCUGUGUCAUUGCAACCACUAUUGCCGUUCUCCCCCAGAUUCGAAGCUGGUCAUCCUACCUGACGCCAAUGGUGAUUGCCUUCUCACACCCAGGACAGCGAAUGGGUGUCGUUAUCGAGAACAUCAUCAUGAUCAUAUUCGGCUCCGGCAUUGGCUUGUCCUGGAAUAUGCUGGGCUUAUACCUGGGGAGCCUGGUCUACAACUCCAACAAUGCUGGUGCCUUUACGAUUCGGGCCUUCUUCUAUCUGGCAUGCAUCUUGCUUCAUGGCUAUCUGAGGUCUUCAAGUCCUCGCUUGUUCCUCUUUGUCUUGUCGCUGAUCCUGCCCGCCGUCAGCGUGCUCAAUGUACCGACCGAGGCCACACCCACCUUGUACACGACAAUCUAUGUGCCAAUUCUCAUUGGCGUCGGCGUCAUCCUCUUCGUCAACGUCAGCAUAUUUCCAGAGUUUUCAGGCAGCUACUUGGGCACUUCUACCAUCAGUGCUCUAUCAGAAAUGGUCGACACACUUGAACGAGCCACCCACUGGUUCGUUACCCCCGGAGGCGACCGUGUCGAGUCCCACAGGAUGGGAAGCUUCCUGGGCACCCCUGUGAUCGAAGAUCAGGGCGUCAAACAACAGCAGCCCCAGAUGAAGCGUGGCCAGCAGCUCAUUAUCCGUUACUGGCACAAUCUUUGUGCUGUACUUCCAAACCCCUUUCCGUCGGCCAAGGCCAGCGCCAGGGCAGCCAAGCCGCCGUUGCAUGCGACUACACUUGCUUUUCUGACGGAGAGGAAGCCCCCGAUCCGGACUAAACUUGCCGCGUGCAAAAAAGCUCAGAAUGAGGUCAACUUUGAAAUUUCCAUCUCACCCCUUGCUCCGGCUGACAUGAAGCCUAUCAGUGUUGACCUCAUGAGCCGUCUGUCCCAGAGCGUCAUAACACUGAUUGGCGCUUGUGAGAACAAAUUCAUCGUUCUUGACGAGGAUGACAUGGAUGAUAGCGACUUAGCAACGGAAGACGAUGAUAUCUGGCAAUCACCUAAGUGUCUGAAUGCUCUGGAUAUUGCCACGCCCAGGGUCGACUAUAUCAAGUUGAAUCGGCAGAUUCGGCUGAGCAGCGCCAAGCUCCUGGAGUCAAUCGUCAUGCGCAUACGGGCUCCUGUACAAGAGUUUCAGACCUCUACCAACGAAGCAGUGCUUGUGCUUAUAUCAUGUUUGGCAUAUUGCUACGAUGUUCCCACUCUCCCUUCUGGCGCCAGGACACCUCGGGGCAUCCGAUUGGAGGAGAUUGAUCUGCGGAUUGACAUCUUCACUGAUGCGUUGGCAUUAUUUGAUGAGCAAUGCGCCGAGCAACUCAAGCUGAUUGCCAUGCAGGAGACGGGCCAAUCGCUCGAUUUUAUGCCGCGUAUGGAGUCUUUCCUCAUCUCGUCGUUCCUCUUGGCAUUUCGCCAGUCUUCGACACACAUCCUCAAGAUGCUUCGUCAUGCUCGCCAACUGGUAGAACAGAGACAGCGUCGCCAUGAUAAAACACGCAUCUGGAUGCCCCAAUAUUCAAGUCUCCGCUGGUGGCUACGUACUACUGGCGAGCUUGAUUCAAUGGUGCUCCCUGAAGGCGCGAGAAAAGCUGCUCGCCGUGGAGAAUUGGCCGGAGACAACCCGCCGAAAGACGAAUCGAAGGAAUCCGCCGGCGUUCUUGAUCGCGAAAAGCAACCGAGAGGGGGUGCAAUGGAUGAAGAAGCGGGCCCUACAGUCGUCCCUCGAUCAGAGAGCGUAAUCAGAAAGAGGAUAUCUAACCGCCAGAAGAGAAAGGAGGGAAAAGAGGAGCGCCUACAGUCUAGGGGAAAAGAUAGAACGAAACGUCCCGCCAGUUGGGCUCUGAAGAUUCGAGGAACAGUGGCAGAUGUUUUCGAAUGGGCUCAAGACUCUGAUGAUCUUUUCUACGCUCUGAAGCUAUCCUUUGCCGUUUUCCUUGUUAGCUGGCCAGCCUUUGUGCCUUCUUGGAACGCAUGGUAUGCGAGUGUCCACGGCAGCUGGGCGCCACUUCAGUUGAUCUUCAUAUUCGAGGUGGCCAUUGGCACGUCCGUGGUAUCCUUCAUCAUUCGACUUGUUGGGCUAGUGCUCGGCUGCACAGCUGGGUACGUCUCGUUCGUCAUUGCCGGGGGCAGCAGGGCCAUCCUCGUUGUGGUUCUGGCCUUUACACUGCUGCCCGCUGCAUAUUUCCAUGUUGCAACGAAAUACGUCAAGGCUGGUGCGGCAGCCAUCAUAUCGAUGAAUGUCGUUGCCAUAGGUACAAAUUAUCUGACUUGGGUGCAAUCAGCCUCUGAAAAUGUCAAUACCGAACGGCCACAACAGGUUUACUAUCAGCGCCUCGUAGCCUUCCUGGCCGGAGGCAUUACAGCGGCUUUCGUGGAACUUGCGGUUUACCCCGUGCGUGCUAGGGAUCGGUUGGUGGAAUCUCUAUCCGCCUGUGUGCAGCAUAUCCAAAGCAUGCAGGGCGCCAUGGCCGUCGGGCUGGAUGGACCCGACGUCCUUGAUGUCCGGUCUCCAAAGCUGCAUCGCAAUUUUGAUCGCUGGCGAGAUAAAGCCCAAGCCUCACUUGCAGCAGCCGAGACGUUUCUGCCGUUCUGUUCGUCGGAACCGCGCCUAAAAGGCAGCUUUAAGAAGCUCGCGCCUAUAUAUGCUGAGAUUGUGUACGUGCUUCAUCAAAUCAUCGAUCGGAUGGACAACGUCGUGCAACUCCGCAAGGCUUAUGGCUCCUCUGUUCUGGAAACCCUCAACCCGCAAGCAUACAUGUAUCGGCGGAGUAUGGCGGCCAGUUGCACCCUCAUGCUGUUCGCCGUCAACGAGGCCUUGACAACCUGGCUCCCACUCCCGCAGUUCCUUCCCUCGGCUCGUGUAGCGCAUCUCCGGCUGAUCCAUCGGGUUCGGGAAAUUAUCACGUCGCAAGCUUCCACCUCGGCUCCUGUCACGCCUACAGUGAGCCAUGCCAGUCAUUGCAGCAGCACGAGCGAGUACGAAGAUCAGGCGAAUGAGAAGAUUGCUCGCCUGAUUACCAAGCAUAACUUUCUCUCCUGGAAUGCCAGCGCUGCUGGCCACAUGGAGAUUAUUGAGUACCUCGAAGAGCUGGUCGAGCUGGUCAAGAUGUUGGUGGGCGUCAAUGCAUUCCGUUCGGGAAUGCUGGAGAAGCCCAAUUAUACGCGUUAUGUGCAGAUGAAGGAUCCUCAACAAGAGUCCUUGACCACGGCUUACUCAAACACAACUGGCAGCUCAUCGACGGCGCACCAAAGCAGCGUUGCUAUACAAGAGGAACCGGAGGAGAUGCUAGACAUAUAUGAGGGCGAUGCGGAGGAAGUACCCAUCAGUUUGCGGAGGGUUAACUCGAGACUGUGGCAAGGCAACGAAGCUGCCCGAAGAGGAUCACAGACAGGUCCCAACAUGCGGUGA